AUGGACGCUCCUAUAAAGCAUAGACAUUGCGAUACGACGUUUACAUUCUCUACGCCGCAAGCCGACGCUCCAAUAGAAGUUCUCAAUGAGUUUUAUUGGACAAAUGAUUUGGAACCACACGUGAUGAGAAGGAAACAAAUACUUGCAAAGUACAAAGAUGUAACAAAGUUGACUGGAUGGGAGCCAAAGACCAAGUGGUAUGUUAUGGCUAUAGUAGCUUUGCAGUGUUCCGUUGCCUAUUACUUGAGAAACACGCCCGUGUUAUCUUGGAAAUACUUUUUAUUGGCAUACAUAAUUGGCGCUACUUCAAAUCAAGCUAUAUUCCUCGCCAUUCAUGAGUUGAGUCAUAACUUGUUAUUCAAGAAACCAUUUCAUAAUAAGUUGUUCGCUAUAUUUACAAACAUACCCAUCGGUAUUCCGUACCUGGCUUCUUUCCAACCCUACCAUCAAUUACAUCACAAGUUUAUGGGUGACGAAUAUUUGGAUACCGAUUUACCUACUAGAUACGAAGGAAUAUUUUUAUCCAACUUACUAGGAAAAGCGUUUUUCGCAACUUGUCAAAUCUUUUUCUAUGCAUUGAGGCCGAUGUUCAUUACCCUGAUCAAAUUCACUUAUAUCCAUUUGUUGAAUGUUAUUAGUCAAGUAUUGUUUGACUAUAUCUGGAUUCAAUCAUUUGGCAUCAAGAGUUUCUUAUAUUUCCCAAUAAGCUCUUUUUUGGCAGGAUCAUUACACCCAUGUGCUGGCCAUUUCAUAGCUGAACAUUACGUAUUGAACGAAAAUAAUCGUCCAAGAAAUCUGGAAAUAAUUGAUGGUUGUAAUAUCAUCCCUGCUCCACCAGAAACUUACUCCUAUUAUGGCUCAUUGAACUUGUUGACAUGGAAUGUAGGAUACCAUAAUGAACACCACGAUUUUCCAUAUAUCGCAUGGACAAAAUUACCAGCACUCCGAGCAAUGGCACCGGAGUUUUAUGAACCCUUGCCUCAAGUAAAGAGCUGGUGUGGUGUUUUAUGGUCAUUUGUGUUUGAUGACGUUAAUUUAUUAUGGAACAGGGUUAAAAGACAAGGAAAAGAAAAACAUGGGCACAAGAUAGCAAAACUCGAUGAGAAUCAAAAUUAA